AUGUCAGUCGUGUCAAAUGUUGGUGAAGGUGGUGGCGAAAAUAUCAUAAUCACAAAUGACAAUGAUAUUCUUUUGGAUUCGGAAGAAGAUAACCACAAUGAUCAACAACCAGAGGAAGAAAUCAAAACAUUAACUACAUCAACAGUGGUAUCGAAAAACAACGACAAAAAGAAGAAAACAAAAGGUACUUUUCAUAAAAGUUGGUUGUUAAACAGCGAUUAUUCUUCAUGGUUGGAAGAAGUCAAGCAUGAUGUAACGAUUGCUCGGUGCAAGGCAUGUCUAAAAACAUUCUCGAUUCGCAAUGGUGGUAAAACUGAUGUAAAUAAACAUAUGUCUUCAAAGUUGCACAGUACGAAUAUGAAAUCAUUUGGAAGUAAUGCAUUAAUUACAUCAGUAAUGACGCUAACUAGUGAAUUGGACAAAAUAUCAGCCGCUGAGGCGGCUUUUGUUUACCAUGACGUAAGGCAUGGUCACAGCUAUCGUUCACAGCAAUGCACGAUCAACUUGACCAAAGCAAUUUUUAAUACGUCAUCAUCUAUUGCUAAGUCCAUAGCUUGUGGUCUAACAAAAUCCAGAGCAAUAGUAUGCAAUGUUCUCGCACCAUUUUUCACAGAAAAUUUAAUCAAUGAAUUAUUGAAUGCGCGCUUUUAUUCAUUAUCAUUUGAUGCUUCGACCAAAGGUACAUGUAAAACAUAUCCAUUUACUGUGCAAUUUUUUUCUAUCGUUGGUGUGAAGCGAGGAUUAAUCUCAUUUCUUGAAGAUUCACACGAGUCAGCAAAUGCUAUUUUCAAAAAUGCGAUUGCAGUCAUUGAAGAUAAUGGUUUGAAAAUGGAAAACUUAACUAGUAUAGGUGCUGACAAUGCCAGUGUCAACUUUGGUGAUCAUCAUUCGGUGUACAGUUUAUUCAAAGAACGCUGGCCUCAUUUAAAAAAAGGUCAGUCAAGUCAAUAUUAA